AUGUCGAAGCGCCUUCUGGAGAGGGAAAACGAGCACGCCACAGGGGGUGGCAACAACGCCGCGAUGAAGCAAGAAGUGAUCAGUCUACUCCCGGACCCGAAGCCGACUCUGCCCCCGCGCCCCUGUCUGUCCCCGCGCUUGAGCCCGAUCCUGCUCAGGGCCCUCAGUCUACUUAACAGCCUACGCCUGGCCCUGAAACCGACUCUGCCUCCGCACCCAAAUCUGCCCCGGGCCAUGAAGCUGACGAUUCCCCUGCGCCAGAAUUUGUCCCUGUCCCGGAGCCCGAGCCUGUCCUUGCGCUCGAAUCUACCCCCGAUGUUGAUGGAGCUGAAUAACGGAAAAAUGGUGGAGGGCCGAUGA